AUGCCCUGCUGCAUUUCCAGUUUCUCCUCGCGCUUCAUUCAGUGAACUUGGUUUCAAUACAGUUUAAUCGUGAUAAGAAAAGUAGCCGGCUUAUCAAGUUAAAGUUUUGUGUCAAAUAGCCAAAAUCAACAAAGGGAAUUGUGUUUUAAUUGUCAUCAUUGGAAGGAAAAUAAAAAUGGCUGAGAGUAAAGGUGCGUUGAUCGCGAAGACAAUGCAAAAACAUGCAGGUAGAGCGAAAGAGAAGUUUUUACAAAAUUUGGGAAAAGUCGACAGAACUGCCGAUGACAUAUUCGACGAGCAUCUUCUUAAUUUUACGAGACAACAAUAUGCAGCAACUAGGCUUCAAAAGGAAUUCAAUAAUUAUAUCAGAUGUGUUCGAGCGGUGCAGGCAGCAUCCAAGACGCUUAUGGACUCCUUGAAUGAAAUCUACGAAAGCCAAUGGACUGGGCACGAUCUUCUCUACGUACAAGCACAGAAUCUCGACAUGCUGUGGCAAGACUUCACUCACAAAUUGGCCGAUCAAGUGCUCUUACCUUUAAACACGUAUCAAAGUCAGUUUCCAGAAAUGCGGAAAAAAGUUGACAAACGAGGACGAAAGUUGGUGGAUUACGAUAGUCAAAGGCACGCCUUCCAGUCACUGCAAAGUAAUCCAAAGAAAAGGGACGAGCUAAAAGUCACUCGGGGCAAGGAGCUCUUGGACGAAGCUAAAAGAACCUAUGAACAAUUAAACUCCGAGUUGCACGACGAAUUGCCAGCUCUCUACGAUUCACGUGUACUUUUUCUGGUCACUAAUCUUCAAACUCUUUUCGCAGCGGAACAAGUUUUUCAUGCCGAAAGUGCUAAGGUUUUCUCGGAGCUCGAGGCGAUAGUCGAUAAAUUGGCGAACGACAGUCAAAGAGGCUCAUACAGCUUGAAAAAUAAUUCAGAUUCCCAGUCACCUAAAUCACCAAACGCUAAUUCUGCAUUGAUAAUUAAUACACAACCGGCUCACAACAACAUUUCACCAGCUUUGGAGGAUUCCACUGCGGCAGCAACUGGCGAUUCCUCGCCAACAACUCAAUUAAAUGGCAACGCUAAUAGCAAUGCUAACAGCAAUGCUAACAGCAAUGUCAAUAGCAAUGCUAAUAGCAACUCUAACAGCAAUGAUAAUUCCCUCAAUAAUCAAGAUGAAUCCACGAAAAAUGCAAUUUUACCUGCAAAAAGAGUUGAGGAAUUGUACGAUAUACCAGUUGAGGUGGAAUAUGAAAAUGGUACCCAUUUAUCUACAGGGGCGACAACCGACAACUUGCCAGCUGGAGUUCUUUACAGGGUGAAGGCAACGUACAAAUAUAAUCGCGAAGACGUGGACGAGCUUUCCUUUGAAGUUGGGGAAACAAUUCGUGUUGUCGAGUACGACGAUCCAGAAGAGCAGGAGGAAGGUUGGUUGAUGGGAAUAAAGGAAGGCACCAAUGAAAAGGGAAUGUUUCCGGCAAACUUUACGAAGCCUCUGUGAAUGGUCUGCUCAAUGUGCAACGUACACUCCAAUGCUCACAGAAACAGCGUAUUUUUUUUAACAUAGUCGAAACGAUGUUAUUUACCGAAAGUGAGAAUCUUGCAGUCAGUCAAGGUAUUUAUAGGAGAUUAAUAAAUAGUGGGAUUUCAAAAAAAAAAAAAAAAGAGAGAAAGAAAAGAUGCAAAUUACGAGACUGUAAAUUAUCGUAAACGUCGUAAACAAUGAGAUAGUAUUUGCUGGAGGGUACUGCCGAGUAUUUCAAACCCAGAGUGCCUUAACCAGCCACUGUCUGUGCCAACUGACAUUCACUGCUUUUUUAUUAGAGUAUGGAAUUGUCCUCUCUCAUAUCGAUUAUCAAUGAUAUGUGCAUCACUAAUCAAAUGAGAUAUUUAAUUAAUGAUUUAAUAUAAUACAUCUUAUCUACAUACAAGCAAUUAUACAACAUAAAAAAAUCUAUAUAUAUAUAUAUAAAUAUAUAUUAAAUUAAUACUAUUUUACGAAUGAAGAAAAAAAAAGGAAAAAAAAAUUGUACAUAGAUAAUUUUUAAGAAUAUUUUAUGAAGUAACUUUGCGGCCACCGAAUUUGUCGUUAAGAAAAUAAUUAAUUCUUAAUCUUAGAUUAUUUACAUAUAUAUACAAAUAUUUGAGGGAGGGGGGAGUGAAAAAAAAUGAUAGAACAACAAACAAUUCUCAUUUGAGAUGAUGCCAAAUUAAACGUGGUCCAAUUUAUCUAUUCGCAAUCGAGAGAAAUAGUAAUUUCGAUGCGAAACGAAAAACACCAAUGUGAAAGGAAAAAAAAGGAAUAGUUCCCAUUAGAUGAUUUUCUUUGGAAAUUCCAAUUACAUACACCUUAGUUAGAUUAUUUGAAUCGAACGGAUUGCAUUAUAUAUUGCAUUAUACUUAUUAUAUUGUCAGACUUGUAUGAAACGCAUUUUAUUAUUCUACUAAUGGGAUCUAUUUAAUGACUGCAUAUCUACAUUUUAUUUACGAUUUUUCUUAUGACACACUGAUUGUUAACUGCGUAUAUUAAAAUCCUUAUUUGUAUAACACUUUUUAAAAAAUUGCGGCUGUCGCAUUAAUUUUUUUUUUAUUUUAUUUUUUUGCUGCUAAAAAAUUGUCAUGGAAAUAGUACCGACGAUAAUGGUUCAGGUUUUUCAAGACGCGCUCUGAAAAAGGCACCUAAGAAAAACAGUAUUAAUGUAGAAUUUAUCACUCGGUAAAAAAUAAUAUUAAAUAUCGA